CCAAGUUAACUAACGGCCCUCUCUAAAUCGCCCUUAUGUCUCAUUUUCAUGAAAUAAUAAAAAUAUAGUAACCCAUAAUCAGAAGCCAUCAGUUUCAGUUCGUUUCGGGGGGCUACUUUAUCAAAAAAGGCCAAAUAAUUGACCCCUAUAAAUACCAACCCUUCUCUCAAUAUAUCUUCAUCUCCAAAAAUACUAAUCAUAUACAAAAAGUUUAACAUUGUGAGUAUUAAAUAUGGCUUCCAUUGGAGCAAGUUAUGCAAACCUUCGUGUUCAGCAAAAGCGUCAAGAAGAGAAAUUGAAGAGGAAGGAAGAAGAAAGAGCAAGAAAAAAUGGAGGGUCUUCUGUAGGGAAUAUCAUCAGUAACAAUCCUGAUACCAAAAGCAAUAGAGUUUUCCCUUCUGCUGGUGGAAGCUUUGGAUAUGAUGCAAAUUCUGAGUUGGGUUUUGGGAGUAGGAAUGAUUGAUGUUGAUUAAUCAUGAGUUCCUUUCUUGGCGCUUUUGAGUUUAAGCCUCUUUGUUGUGUUUAGAACUUUUGCUUAAUUUGUCGAUUCAGAAAAUGAAUUGGUAUCUGUAGUUGACUAGAUGAUAGUGUUUGUUGGCGGUUGGCUAUGCUUUUGGUAAUGUAAAUUUGUUGGUGAAAAUCAGUGGGAUUUUGUAUCUAAUGCUUGAUUUCGUGUUAUUUUUUGUCUUUCCUUAAAAUUUUUAUUAUCAAUUGGUAUUCUGUCCGUCUCAUUUUAAUAAUACACUUAAUAAUUAUAUUAUUUUAGUUAUUCGUUGG